AUGAAAGUCACAGAACCGCAUCGCAUGCACGUCUAUGCCACAAAGCACAACACCCACAUUACCCUCACCCAACCUCCGAAAAAGGAUCCUGCAAAUCCUGGCAAGCAAAUCGACGUCUUGAUGUCUCUCUCUGCUGGCAACAUUGGUUUCAAGAAGGCUGGUCGUGGCAGUUAUGAUGCUGCAUACCAACUUGCCGCUUUUGUGCUCAAGCAGAUCCAAGAGCGUGGUCUGAUGCGCGACCUGAUAGAGCUGGAGGUUGUGUUGCGUGGCUUCGGAAAGGGAAGAGAGGCCGUCACAAAGGCUCUGCUGGGCUCCGAGGGCUACUUGAUCAGAAACAAGAUUCGCUCAGUCAAGGAUGCUACGAGACUGAAGUUCGGUGGUUCCAGAAGUCCCAAGCCCAGAAGAUUGGGUUGA